CUGUCGGUCGACUUGCACUGGACACUGCGAGAGUAACAACUCCACGCUCAUCGAGCUCGUGGAAAAGGAUGUGUUAUUGCCUCCGCUGAAGACACGAUACUUAGUUUUUGCACCCUUUACUGUGAGUUUAAUGUCGAAGAAGAGUGAAUAUUCAACCAUGCGAGUUUUUCAACAGGGUUGCACAACCGGGAGCGGAAUAAAACCGAAAAUGUGGUAGAUUGGAUGUGGUGUAGGAUGGGUGGAACACUUGCAUUCAUUCUGACCUCUGUUUUAAGCGGGAUCCUAGUUUGUGCGGAGGAUCCUUACCAGUAUGAGGAUUGGACAGUCUCUUACAUCAGUGCUUCACCGUUGGGAGUCUCGCAGAAAGUAAUAGCAAUUAACAAUCAAUUUCCAGGACCUCAACUUGAGACAACAACAAACUACAAUCUCAUAAUCAACGUGCACAAUGAACUCGACGAACCCCUCCUCAUCACUUGGGACGGAAUUCAGUUACGCAAGAAUUCAUGGCAAGAUGGAGUUGCAGAAACUAAUUGCCCGAUUCAACCGGGUAGCAGCUGGACCUACACCUUCAAAGCCAAAGACCAGAUUGGAAGCUACUACUAUUACCCCUCCUUGAAGUUUCAAAAAGCAGCUGGUGGAUUUGGUAGUAUACGAGUAAAUCCUCGCCGUAUCAUCUCCUCUCCAUUUGUACCUCCUGCGGAUGAUUAUGCGGUACUCAUCGGAGAUUGGUAUAAAACUGACCACCAGACCCUCAGGAACAUCUUAGACAAUGGACAUCUGCUGGGCUCCCCUGAUGGAAUACUUAUCAAUGGUCUAGGCCCUCAUCAGGCGUCCUUCUCUGUGAAUCCAGGGAAAACAUAUCGGCUACGAAUCUCCAAUGUGGGGUUAACACAUACACUCAAUUUUAGGAUCCAAGGGCAUCGCCUACUGCUGGUGGAGACGGAGGGAUCGUAUGUGACGCAAACUUACUACUCCACACUAGACGUUCAUGUGGGACAGUCCUAUUCUGUCUUAGUGACGAUGGACCAGAGUAUCCCGGCAGACUUUCAAAUUAUUGCAAGCACAAGGUUUGUUUGGCCCGAGCUUAAUGGCUCAGCAAUUCUUCAUUAUAAUACAACCUCAAACAGGGGACCUGUUUCUGGAGAUCUUCCCAGGGCUCCAAACGAUGUUCAGUCCUCAUUGGAGCAGGCUCGGAGCAUACGGUUGAACUUGACGGCAGGUGCAGCGAGGCUUAAUCCGCAAGGAUCAUAUCAUUAUGGCCGUCUUAAGAUCGCCAAGUCUUACGUUUUCGCAAAUUCUGCCCUGAAAUUGAAAGAGAAGCAACGUUACAUGGUGAACGGGGUAUCCUUUGUCCGAUCCAGGACGCCUAUCAAACUGGCUGAUUAUCUGAAGCUGGAAGGGGUCUUCCAAAUUGGCUCCAUACCCGACCACCCAAUCGACCAUGCCACGCCCUCCUUUGCAAGCUCAGUGAUUUCUGGUGAUUUUCGGGCGUUCGUUGAGAUUGUAUUUCAGAAUCCAGAGAACACGCUGCAGUCCUGGCACAUCGACGGCUACGCAUUCUUCGUCGUGGGAAUGGGGUGGGGAGAAUGGAAUCCGGAUGCACGUCAAAGCUACAACCUCCUGGACGCUGUAGCCCGGUCCACCACUCAGGUCUACGAAAACUCAUGGACGGCAGUGAUGCUGGAGCUGGACAAUCCUGGGCUAUGGAACAUCAGGUCGCAGGAUUUGCAACGACAAUGGCUGGGUCAAGAGCUGUAUCUACACGUUGCAAAUUCCAAUACAAGUGAUGAUGUUCGGAGACGGGAAGAGCCCCCUCCUCACAACCUCGUGUUGUGUGGCAGUGCCCUUGAUCUUCAUUCAUUUAACCCCUAAUUAACCCUUAUUAACCCUAAUUAAUUGUUGUUCAUCUGCACCACCUACAACACACCUUGGUUUUCUGCUUCUCCUUCUUCCUCUUCUUCAAACAAGUUUUCACUCUGUUUUACGCUUUGUUUUUUCAAACAGACUAUGAUGAUACAAUGUUCUGGAUUGUGGGUUAGAACUUACUUUCAAUUUAAUUGGUGGCAUUGUUAACCAGUGUUAUAACUAACCUAUUUAGGGUUUCACACAAUCUCCCUCCACCCCCUAAUAAAAUGUAAAUGAAGAAUUAAACUCAA